AUGCGAUAUCUUCCCGACAGGUUGUUUGCAGACGGAAGCCCUUCGCUGAUAGCGACCUGCUUAUCGUCCGUCCCUCUACUCUUGGACAGGGAGGAGGCUCACUCCACAAUCCCUGAGCUGUUUGCGUAUGCGGAUAGUCAACUGGAUGAUCAUGGAAACCCUCUCUUUCCAGCCGCUGAUGACAAACAACGCUAUCUUUCUUUACAAUACAAGAGCCAGGAUCGAGAAAUCCUCAGGUUCUAUGGGCUUCAGCGAGUAACGACCGAGGACAUGAUUCUUCGGGUGCGAGUGUUGGCUAACAGUAAGGAUUGGCCUGGCUUUGUGAAGAACAAGGACAGCAGCUGGCAUAAUCGGCUGAGCUCCUGGACAUCACGAGUCUUCGGUCGCGACUUGACAGCCGGUGUGCUCGCUCUGCUCUCACUCGUCCCAGGCGGCGUUGAUAGAGCCCUUAGCAACUGGAAUGGGUCACCGGGAACCAUCUACUUCCCAGAAAUUAGUGGUGUUCCUCUACCUGAUGGUCUUCCAAUCGUCAAACUGGACCCCAAGGCAUGCGCUGAUCGGGACAAUCGUGCGCUCUAUGCCUCUCUAGGGGUUAGCAUUGCAGAUCCAGUCAAGAUUGAGGAGAUAAUCUUGCUCCAUCAUUCUUUAUGGAAACCGCAAGGUGACAAGCAAUCGCAGAUCGCUACCUCACUCGGGAGUUUGCGUUUCAUCUACGAGAUGCUUCAGAUGGGGAAGUUGGAAAGAACCAGGGAUCGUGACCUCGUGGUAUUUGACCGCAAUUGUUGUCCCAAGAGACCGAAGAAGGAGAUGAUAUAUCUUUCCUCGGCUUCCUGGCUCGGGACCGGCGCCCUCGCCUCGCUUAGCGGUCAAGAAGGCAUCGCCGACAUCGAAUCAACCCUCUCGUUUCUGCACGAGAGUUAUCUUCGGGAUUCACCCAGACUACUUAACAACAUCAAAUUCAAAAUGACUUGGGUGGACUUCCUGCUUCAAGUAGUCGGUCUUCACAAAGGGUUACGAAUCUUCACUCGCCAGUCUCAGGAUGUUGCUGUUAGUCUACCGUUCCUCGCUCUCGCUCAACGCUGGCCAGGGCGGGUAUUGGAGUGGCUCUAUCAAGUGUAUCGAGAAGAUCCAGGCAGAUGGAACAGAAAACCUGACAUAAAAACAGCGCUCAAAAAGAUGCAAAUUGUCUGCACAAAUGGGAUGGGCUUUCCACUCUCCGAGACGAUCCUUCCGCUACCGUCGCUGCUUUCAACCUUCCCUGGCCUUUUUGGUGAUCUUUGCAAGGCGUUACCUUUUCUGAAGCUUGAAAAACCACUAGACAAGAAUGACGAAGAGUUAUGCUCGCAGUGGAAAUUGUUCGCAGCCCAUUUCGGGGUGAUACACGCGGAUGAUAUUCGAUUGUCUCUUGCCGCCCUCAAGACUUGGAUGCGCAAAGAUGCGCGUCCGGGCCAGAUAUCCGUUACAUUAGCUGUGGUGAAUAUCUACGACCGCAUCCAACGGCAACAAAAUGCUGCUACAGCAAAAUUCAUUCGUACCUGGUUUGAUGAAAAUCCGGGCCUGCUUUGUACCCCUCAGCUUGAGACCAAGGGCCGGCCAGUGCCUCCCAAGUGGGAAUACCGACAAGCUUCAGAUAAGGUCACAAUGGCAAUGGUAGCACACGCUUGGGUUCCCGUCUUCAAUCGUCUCCAACCAGUUCAUCGGGCGAAUCUCAUGGCGUUCUUCCGAGACACGCUUGGCUUGGAGUUUGACACCAACAUAGAUUCGUCACCGAAUCCACCACCCUCAAAAUCUACCGUUAUACCUGCUCCCCCAUCGAAGAGCUUGAAGAAUAUCAAGGUUAGGCUCCCUCCAGCUGACGCCUAUGUCAAGUCUCGUGAGAAAUCGGAUGGCAAGUCUGCGGCCGAGAAACAAGUUAAGGCUGGCAAGACGGGGUCGAACGCGUCAUUUCCUCUUCGUGCGGAGUCUAUCUUCGAAUUCGGCAAAGGAAAAAGGACUACUUUUGCAUUUAAGGGACUUUAG